AUGUCCUAUACUUUCAAUUUUCCUUGUAACUUCUCUCGCGCUGGCACCUACGCGCUGGCGCUUAGCGUGCUGGCGCCUAGCGCGCUGGCGCCAAACGCGCGGGCGCCAAGCGCGCUGGCGCUUAGCGCGCUGGCGCCUAGCGCACUGGCGCCUAGCGCGUUGGCUCCUAGCGCGCUGGCACCUAGCGCGCUGGCGCUUAGCGCGCUGGCGCCUUACGCGCUGGCGCUUAGCGCGCUGGCGCCUAGCGCACUCGCGCCUAGCGCGCUGACGCCUAGCGCGCUGGCGCCUAACGCGCUGGCGCUUAGAGCGCUGGCGCCUAGCGCGCUGGCGCCUAGCGCGCUGGCGCCUAGCGCGCUGGCGCCUAGCGCGCUGGCGCCUAGCGCGCUGGCGCCUAGCGCGCUGGCGCCUAGCGCGCUGGCGCCUAGCGCGCUGGCGCCAAACGCGCAGGCGCCUAACCCGCAGGCGCUUAGAGCGCUGGCGCCAAUCCCGCUGGCUGGCGCCUAUCGCGCUGGCUGGCGCCUAUGGCGUUGGCACUUAACGCGCUGGCGUAUAACGCGCUGGCGCCUAUCGCGCUGGCUGGCGCCUAUCGCUCUGGCUGGCGCCUAUCGUGCAGGCGCCGCGCCUAACGCGUUGGCGCCUAUCGCGCUGGCGCCUAUCGCGCUGGCGCCUAACGCGCUGGCGCCUAACACGCAGGCGCCUAUCGCGCAUUCGCCUAACCCACAGGCGCCUAGAGCGCUGGCACGUAACCGCCUAUGGCGCUGGCACCUAUCCCGCUGGCUGGCGCCUAUCGCGCUGGUGCCUACCGCGCUGGCGCCUGUCGCGCUGGCGCCUUGUGCGCUGGCGCCAAGCGCGCUGGCACCUAAGGCGCUGGCGCUUGCUGCGCUGGUGCUUGCUGCGCUGGCGCCUAACACGCUGGCGCCUAACGCGCUGGCGCCUAGAGCGCUGGCGCCUAAGGCGCUGGCGCUUGCUGCGCUGGCGCCAUGUGCGCUGGCGUCUAGCGCGCUGACGCCUAACGUCCUGGCGCCUAACGCGUUGGCGCCUAUCGCGCUGGCGCAAUAUGCGCUGGCGCCUUGUGCGCUGACGCCAAGUGCGCUGGCGCCAAAGGCGUUGGCGCUUGCUGCGCUGGUGCCUAGCGCGCUGGCGCCUAACGUGCUGGCGCCGCCAAGCGCUCUGGCGCCUAAGGCGCUGACGCCUAUCGCGCUGGCGCUUGCUGCGCUGGCGCCUAUCGCGCUGGCGCCUUGCGCGCUAGCGCCUUAA